AUCCCGAGCCCGGCAAUCCCGACCAGCCGCCGCCUGCUGGGACGAACUUUACCUGCUUCUCAAACAAAAAGCAGCUGACCAUGAGCGGAGAUCAUGGGCGCGGAGACUCUCAGGUCAAUUCUGGAUCUAAAGGAAGCGACGCUCACAAGCAUAAAGAUAAGCACAAAGACAAGGAACACAGACACAAAGAUCACAAGAAAGACAAGGAGCGAGAGAAAUUCAAGCACAGCAACAGUGAACAUAAGGAGUACUCCGAGAAGAAACACAAAGACAAAGAGAAGCUGAAGCACAGUGACGGCGGCUCAGACAAACACAGAGAGAAACACAAAGAGAAAGACAAGGACAAAGAGAAGAGGAGAGAUGAGAAGGUUCAGUCGUCCCAUUUAAACAAGCCUAAAAAGGAGAAAGAGAACGGCUACGUGAGAGGCUCCAGCCCUUCGAUUAAGAGCGAGCCUGAAGAAGACAAUGGUUUCUACCCUUCCCCCCAAAACAACAAGAGCUCCAAACGGGAGUACGACGAUGAAGAAUGUGAAUACAAACCCAAGAAAGUGAAGGCGGAGCAUGACAAGAAAGCCAAGAAAAGGAAACACGAGUAUGAAGAAGAUGAGGAUGAGGAGGAUGUCAAGCAUAAAAAGAAGACAAAAGACAAAAAGGUAGCAGAUGGAAAGAAAGCCAAAAAGGAAGAAGAGGAGAAAUGGAAGUGGUGGGAAGAAGAAAGAUCCACUGAUGGCUCCAAAUGGCGUUUUCUUGAACAUAAGGGUCCCGUUUUUGCUCCCCCUUAUGAACCCUUACCUGGAAAAGUUAAAUUUUAUUACGAUGGUAAACCCAUGAAGCUCAGUGCUCCUGCUGAGGAGGUGGCCACAUUUUUUGCCAAGAUGUUGGAUCAUGAAUACACCACAAAGGACAUCUUCAGGAAGAAUUUCUUCAAAGACUGGAGGAAGGAAAUGACAUCGGAGGAAAAGUCAACGAUAACUGACUUGAAUAAAUGCAACUUCAGCGAGAUGAGCGAGUACUUCAAGGCCCAAUCAGAAGCUCGGAAACAGAUGUCGAAGGAGGAGAAACAGAAAAUCAAAGAGGAGAACGAGCGGCUCCUCCAGGAGUACGGAUUCUGCAUCAUGGACAACCACAAGGAGCGGAUCGGGAACUUUCGCAUCGAGCCGCCGGGCCUCUUCCGAGGCCGGGGCGACCAUCCGAAGAUGGGCAUGCUGAAGCGCCGCAUCAGACCCGAGGACAUCAUCAUCAACUGUAGCAAGGAUUCCAAACACCCCAAACCUCCUCCAGGAACAAAAUGGAAAGAGGUGCGCCACGACAACAAGGUCACCUGGCUAGCGUCGUGGACGGAGAACAUCCAGGGCUCCAUCAAGUACAUCAUGUUGAACCCCAGCUCCAGGAUCAAGGGGGAGAAGGACUGGCAGAAGUACGAGACGGCGCGGCGUUUGAAGAAGUGUGUCGAUCGCAUUCGCUCCCAGUACAGAGACGACUGGAAGUCCAAAGAGAUGAGGAUCAGACAGAGAGCCGUCGCGCUGUACUUCAUCGACAAGCUGGCGCUGAGAGCAGGGAACGAGAAGGAGGAAGGCGAGACGGCGGACACGGUGGGCUGCUGCUCGCUGCGGGUGGAGCACAUCAAGCUCUACCCCAAGAUGGACGAGCAGGAGUACGUGGUGGAGUUUGACUUCCUGGGAAAGGACUCCAUCCGCUACUACAACAAGAUCCCCGUGGAGAAGAGGGUCUUUAAAAACCUCCAGUUGUUCCUUGAGAACAAGCAGCCCGAAGACGACCUCUUCGACCGGCUCAACACUUCUAUUCUGAACAAGCACUUACAGGAGCUGAUGGACGGACUCACGGCCAAGGUCUUCCGUACCUACAACGCCUCCAUCACCCUCCAGCAGCAGCUCAAGGAACUGUCAUGCUCCGACGAUAGCGUCCCGGCUAAGAUCCUGUCUUAUAACCGAGCCAACCGGGCAGUGGCCAUCCUCUGUAACCACCAGAGAGCUCCACCCAAAACCUUCGAGAAGUCCAUGCAAAACCUCCAGACCAAGAUCGACGAGAAACAAAAUCAGCUGUCGGCAGCCAGGAAGCAGCUGAAGGCGGCGAAGGCCGAUCACAAGGCCUCUCAUGACGAGAAGAGCAAAAAGGCUGUCGAGGUGAAGCGUAAAGCUGUGCAGAGGAUAGAAGAGCAGCUGAUGAAGCUUCAGGUGCAGGCCACUGACAGAGAGGAGAACAAGCAGAUCGCUCUGGGAACCUCCAAACUCAACUACCUGGAUCCCCGCAUCUCUGUUGCAUGGUGCAAAAAAUAUGGCGUUCCCAUUGAGAAGAUCUACAACAAAACCCAGAGAGAGAAGUUUGCCUGGGCCAUAGACAUGGCUGAGAAGGACUAUGAGUUUUAAAGACGCGUGACGCUCAGACCUUUUCUACGCCUUGGAUUGUAAGCUGGUUUGUCGUUGAUGUCAAAUGAUUCCACUGUGUGGUUCCUGCAGGGCUGUGAAGGAGGAGGAGGAGGAGGAGGCGAAGGCUCGGCCGAAGCCGUGACGGCGGGUCGAUAAUCAUGUUGUACAUAUGGAUUGGUCGUGUAUCGCAAAUCAACUUCUCAACCAUUUCGAACAAGCUGCCAAACUCUCCGGAGAUAAAUUGACAGUAGUGUGUAUGUAGCCGCAGCUUUCUGCCCAUGACCCGACACCGACGAACACAGUAGUAUUAUCUUUUCUCAGAUAAAAUGUACUGAAAUUUGUAAGCCAUCAGAUUUAUCAAGAAAUUCUAUAUUGUCAUAGAAUAAUGAAUUCAUAAAUGUUUGUAUGAGGGACUGUGAGAAAACAACCCAAUAUGAGGAAUUUCAAGAUGUGACAGUCUGACGACAGUGUGGAGAGUAGAAACCUUUAGCACUAUGCUCACAGAAUUAUUAGCACACAGAAUGUCAUCUUUUUUUUUUUCCAUUUAGCUUGAGUUUGCUGUUUAUUUCAGGGAUGUACAUAUUUUCGGUCCUUUUCAGUGACUAAAUUUCAGUGUUUUUUAAAAUGUGUGUUGUACGCAUCGUCAUCUAAAAGGCUCUUCAUUGCUGAUAUGCAACCAUGGUGUGUCUGUCUCCUCAGUUUUAUAAUGAACAAAGUGUAACACUGAUCACGGCUACUUGAACCAGCUAAAGCGCAGCGUGUGUUUUAUGUGCCAGAGCUAUAAGAAACUGUUCCUCCUGUUGACAGAAGGGUGUGGGUUUAACCAAAUAAUAAUAAUAAUAAUCACAAAAAUCUGUCAUUGUGGCGUGCCGUUUUUGUAUUGCUGUGAUAAAGCAGAAAGUGUCUUUGAACUGAUUUCCAAAUGUGAAUGGAUAUUUUAACUUUAAUUAAUAUUCCUUGUUAUCUGAUCAUUUAUCACAUCAUCUGAUCCCAGUGGGUUGAAUGCUUAUUGUUUUGAGCUUUGUAGUUUUCACAAUAAAAACGUCAACCUUG